AUGAGGGAAAUAGUACACAUCCAAGCAGGGCAGUGCGGCAACCAGAUUGGAACAAAGUUCUGGGAAGUGAUCAGCGACGAGCAUGGCAUUGAUCCGGCCGGCAACUACGUCGGUGAUUCAGCCCUACAGCUCGAGAGGAUUAAUGUGUACUACAACGAGGCAUCUUGUGAGUAUGCGUCCCAUAAGUUUGUUCCACGGGCAGUACUGGUGGAUCUGGAGCCUGGCACCAUGGACAGUGUGCGCUCUGGAGCAUUUGGGCAGCUAUUUAGACCAGAUAACUUCAUCUUUGGGCAGACAGGUGCGGGAAACAACUGGGCUAAGGGCCACUACACUGAAGGCGCUGAGUUGGUGGACUCUGUGCUGGAUGUGGUGCGGAAGGAGUGCGAGCAUUGCGACUGCCUCCAAGGUUUCCAGCUCACCCACUCCCUGGGUGGAGGAACCGGUUCGGGCAUGGGGACUCUGCUAAUCAGUAAGAUCCGUGAGGAGUAUCCCGACCGAAUCAUGAACACCUUUAGCGUCAUGCCUUCGCCCAAGGUCUCCGACACUGUUGUGGAGCCUUACAACGCCACUCUCUCUGUGCACCAGCUGGUGGAGAACACUGACGAAACCUACUGCAUCGACAAUGAGGCACUUUACGACAUCUGCUUCCGCACACUCAAACUCACCACGCCCACCUACGGAGACCUCAAUCACCUGGUCUCUGCCACCAUGAGCGGAGUCACGACUUCUCUUCGCUUCCCCGGCCAGCUCAACGCGGACCUGCGCAAACUAGCUGUCAAUAUGGUCCCUUUCCCCCGUUUGCACUUCUUCAUGCCCGGGUUUGCCCCGCUCACUGCCAGGGGCAGUCAGCAGUACCGUGCCCUCACCGUACCUGAGCUCACCCAGCAGAUGUUCGACGCCAAGAACAUGAUGGCCGCAUGUGACCCGCGGCACGGGCGCUACCUCACCGUGGCAACCGUAUUCCGGGGUCCCAUGUCCAUGAAGGAGGUUGACGAGCAGAUGCUGGCCAUUCAGAACAAGAACAGCAGCUACUUCGUGGAGUGGAUCCCCAACAAUGUCAAGGUGGCUGUGUGUGACAUUCCUCCCAGAGGGCUGAAGAUGGCAUCCACUUUCAUUGGCAACAGCACAGCAAUCCAGGAGCUGUUCAAACGCAUCUCGGAGCAGUUCUCCGCCAUGUUCAGACGCAAGGCUUUUCUGCACUGGUUCACGGGAGAGGGCAUGGACGAGAUGGAGUUCACUGAGGCCGAGAGCAACAUGAACGAUCUGGUGUCUGAGUAUCAGCAGUACCAGGAGGCUACGGCUAAUGAUGGAGAGGAGGCUUUUGAGGAUGAAGAGGAAGAGGUGAAUGAGUGA